AUGCAGAUCUUCGUCAAGACCCUUACCGGCAAGACCAUCACCUUGGAGGUGGAGUCUUCCGACACCAUCGACAAUGUCAAGUCCAAGAUCCAGGACAAGGAGGGCAUCCCGCCGGACCAGCAACGCUUGAUCUUCGCCGGCAAGCAGCUCGAGGAUGGUCGCACCCUGUCUGAUUACAACAUCCAGAAGGAAUCGACGCUCCACCUCGUCCUCCGCCUGCGCGGUGGCAUGCAGAUCUUUGUCAAGACUCUCACGGGCAAGACCAUUACGCUCGAAGUUGAAUCGUCUGACACGAUUGACAACGUCAAGUCGAAGAUCCAGGAUAAGGAGGGUAUUCCUCCGGACCAGCAGCGCUUGAUCUUCGCCGGCAAGCAGCUUGAGGAUGGUCGCACCCUGUCCGACUACAACAUUCAGAAGGAGUCUACACUCCAUCUCGUCCUGCGCCUCCGUGGUGGUAUGCAGAUCUUUGUCAAGACGUUGACCGGCAAGACCAUCACCCUCGAAGUCGAGUCAUCCGAUACCAUCGACAACGUGAAGUCCAAGAUUCAAGACAAGGAGGGUAUUCCUCCGGAUCAGCAGCGUCUCAUCUUCGCAGGCAAGCAGUUGGAAGACGGCCGUACGCUUUCCGACUACAACAUUCAGAAGGAAUCCACCCUGCACUUGGUGCUUCGUCUCCGUGGCGGUAUGCAGAUUUUCGUCAAGACUCUCACCGGUAAGACGAUCACACUGGAGGUGGAGUCAUCCGACACCAUCGAUAAUGUGAAGUCGAAGAUCCAGGACAAGGAAGGCAUUCCCCCGGACCAGCAGCGUCUCAUCUUCGCAGGCAAGCAGUUGGAAGACGGCCGUACGCUUUCCGACUACAAUAUCCAGAAGGAGUCUACCCUGCACUUGGUGCUCCGUCUGCGUGGCGGCCAGUAA